GGGCAGCACAUGUAAACACAUGUAAUCUUACACAACCUCUUACCAAACGCUGAAUGCCACUGUUGGUUGUAACAUGUCGCAGCCCUCCUUCAUAAUGUUUCGGUCUCACUGAAGUGACAGGAAGGAGCAGUUACAUCACUGACUACAAUGAAGUCCAUCGCUUGUUUCUCGUCUGUCAGAGCGGUGUGCCAGCACACCUCCGCCUGUAUUCCUCUACACCGUGCUUUGUUUCAUUGCACUAAUUCAGACAGGUGCUCCAACCUGGACAUUGCAAACAAAACUGCAGUUGCACAGCAACUUUCCCUAACCUCUGUGCGUAAAUUUCACAGCACGCACGGAAACACAGCAGUGGUCCAGCAGGUCAGUGCAGCCCCUCCUCCUAUCUUGGUGCCAACACCGGGGAAAAGAGAAGAUGAACUGACCUUAUACCAGUUAGGGAGACGCACUCCACCAAUAACAUCGACUAGAACAGUCCCACACCUGUCUCCUUACCGACCAUACACUAAACCACAGAGCAAUGCAGCUGCACGCGUCAAUAUGCAGUCUCUUUUUGAAGGAGAGGUGAUCCCACAGCUGUGCUCCAGGCUGGCACAUCUUCCCAGCAAUGACCGGGCAGAGGGACUGGCCACUCUGCUUGGAGCAUGUGUUGAAUUUGGCUUAGAGGCCCACAGCCCUCUAGUCCUCAGACUGAUAAAUGAGUGCCGGGAGCUCCUCUCACACAGGGACCUUGAGGUGGCUCAGCUGUGCCACCUGGGUGAGGUGUCAUACGUCCUGGAAGGCAGCAAGUCAGCCAUACUCACAGAGGUCCUGGACUCUUUGAGCGUUGCUGUAGAAGAGGAUGCUGUCACUCCUGGGGAGGCCACCAGGGUCUACUCCCUGAUGGCUCUGUGUUAUGAUCCGGCAAGCCCUCAGCAGAUGUUCAUACUGUCUAGUCUGCACAGACUGACACAGAGGAUGGUCCACCGGCUCAAAGCAAGAGAAGUCAGCAGCAUACUGCAGUCCCUACUGAAGUUACAGCAAAGACAGGCCAUUACCUUGGUGCUGAGGCUGAGUCACAGAGCGUCUCGGGUGUUUAAAGCUUUUAGCGACCAAGAAGUGAUAAACGUUCUCUCUGCGCUCAUGAUCCUGGGACAGCAUGAUGCUGAUCUCCUGGCUGCUAUGGAGAAACACCUACCAGAGCGACUGGGAACCUGUGAUCCAGAGCUGGUCAGCACCGUCAUGGAGUACUGCCUGCAGAUGAAGUGCCGCUCCGAGCCGAUCUUUGAGGCCGUGGCUGAGAAUUUUGUCUGCCAUGCUGAGAGGCACAGCACCCCACAGAUAGCCAAGCAGAUUGUUGCAAUGGGGAGACUCAACUAUCUGCCACAAUGCUCCACUCAAAUGUUUAAGAAGUUGGAGAGCAUAUUGUCAACCCGGUUUUCACAGUUCCAGCCUCGCUCGCUGAUAGAAGUGUUGCACGCCUGCAUUCACCUGGAACGCUUCCCACUCAACUACAUGUCCAAGGUCUUCAGCCCCUUCUUCCUUCACAGACUGCAAGCACAGGGGGAGCCACUGGACAAGAAUGCACUGGGACAGCUAACACAGCUCCAUCUCUCCACCUCAUUAGAGUGCAACCACUACUGGGGUCCCAGACUGCCUUAUUCUCUACAUGUGAAGAAGUUCUCCUCUGUAGACCAGGCCUUUGAGACUCCUAUGGAUACGCUCUUUUACAGACAGAUCAAAAAGCCGCUCACACAGCUGCUGGGGGGGCAGUUUUACUCCACCAGAGUCUUCACUCAUAGUGGAUAUACUGUAGAUGUAGAAAUUUGCCUGGAUGAGAAUGGAUACAUUCUGCCUCUGUCUCAGUGGGAACACACUUACAGAAGGUUGGCACUGUGUUUGGAUGAUCAAAACCGGUUUUGCAGCAACACUCAGCACCUGCUGGGAAAGGAAGCCACUAAAAGAAGGCAUCUCCGCAGAAUGGGCUAUGAAGUGGUGCAGAUCCCUUACUUUGAACUUGAGAGGAUGAGAACAAAUGAGGAACAGGUGAAAUAUCUUCACAACAAGAUCUUCCCAACCAUCUUCAAAUACAGCCACUCAUCUUAGUGACCUAUUGGGUUCAGGAUGUGUUAACAUACACUGUGUGAUGCAAAUGUAGCUACAAGCUUAUGAAAACUGUACAGACGUUUGGCUGAGUGAUGCACACUUGGUGUGACUAGUUUAAAGGUCAUGAUAUUGAAGGCACUGUCAGACAUUCUGCUCUCUUAGAAACUGAACAUGCCCUGAACAGAGGAUUGUGAUGUUAAAGUACUGCAGUAAGAAAGUAUACACUAGUAAACAGGCAAAAAAGUGCUAAAAGGUAAACAUUUAUUAAUGCAAGCUGCUGUAAAAACAGGACACUUAUGGCCUUGUGGCUUGAAGUCAUUACAGCCUUGUUUGCUUUUUAUUUAAUAAAACAUGCCUCUUUAAGGAAUAAAGUCAGAACGAUGCUAGUGGAGAAUUUCCCAGAAGGAUAAACAUCAUGUCUGAGAUGUCUAAACAGUCUGGAUGAGGAUUUUUUUUUUCUUAUUUUAAAUUGAAUGUGCUACAGGAGGGAAGAAAUGCUACCUCUUUGGCUCUCAUAUUUAGUCCUGUGCCCUGAACAGUGUGAAUAUCGUUAGGCAUUGGCUGCACUGAUUCCAGGAAGAUUUAAAAAAAUAUUUUAAUUUAUUUUUUACUUGAAUGGAUGAUUAUUGAGUGAUGAUUUAUGUGAGUAAUAUAAAUUAAAGCAUACCUUGAAACAGA